AUGCACCCAGCUUCACUUGCAAUAACAUCAAGCUUAAUUAUUAUUUUUGCUGUCCUCGCAUACCCCAUUCUGACAACCCUUUCUCCCCUCCCUCAAAACCAAAACUGGGCACUCUCCCACGUAAAGACAGCAGUAAAACUAGCCUUCUUCAUCAGCUUACUUCCCCUAUUCCUAUUCCUAAACGAAGGCCUAGAAGUAAUUAUCACCAACUGAAACUGAAUAAAUAUUGCCACCUUUGACAUAAACAUCAGCCUUAAAUUUGACCACUACUCAAUUAUCUUUACCCCAGUCGCACUAUACGUGACCUGGUCUAUCCUGGAAUUUGAAUCUUGAUAUAUACACGCUGACCCAUACAUAAACCGAUUCUUCAAAUAUCUACUAAUUUUCCUCAUUGCCAUAAUUAUCCUAGUUACCGCAAACAACAUAUUCCAACUCUUCAUUGGCUGAGAAGGUGUGGGAAUCAUAUCAUUUCUCCUCAUCGGCUGAUGGCACGGCCGAGCCGACGCAAACACCGCAGCUUUACAAGCAGUUCUCUACAAUCGCCUAGGAGACAUCGGACUGAUCUUCACCAUAGCAUGAAUCGCAAUAAACCUCAACUCAUGAGAAAUACAACAAAUAUUUGCCUCUGCCAAAGACAUAGACCUCACCCUCCCCCUACUAGGACUCGUCAUUGCUGCAACCGGUAAAUCCGCUCAAUUUGGACUCCAUCCAUGGCUCCCCUCCGCCAUGGAGGGUCCCACACCAGUCUCUGCCCUACUACAUUCAAGCACAAUGGUUGUGGCAGGUAUCUUCCUCUUAGUCCGAAUAAGUCCCUUAAUAGAAAACAACCAGACUGCCCUCACCACCUGUCUCUGCCUAGGCGCCCUAACUACCCUCUUCACUGCCACCUGUGCCCUUCCCCAAAAUGAUAUCAAGAAAAUCGUUGCCUUCUCCACCUCUAGCCAACUAGGUCUAAUAAUAGUUACCAUUGGACUUAACCAACCACAAUUAGCCUUCCUACACAUUUGUACUCAUGCAUUCUUCAAAGCUAUGCUCUUCCUCUGCUCAGGCUCUAUUAUCCACAGCUUGAACGACGAACAAGACAUCCGCAAAAUGGGGGGAAUACACAACCUCACCCCCUUCACUUCCUCUUGUUUAACUCUCGGCAGUCUCGCCCUUACCGGAACCCCCUUCCUUGCAGGCUUCUUCUCAAAAGAUGCCAUUAUCGAAGCACUAAACACAUCCCAUCUUAACGCCUGAGCCCUGAUCCUGACCCUCCUAGCAACCUCUUUCACCGCUAUUUACAGCAUACGUGUUGUCUUCUUUGUAGUUAUGGGGCACCCCCGAUUUAACUCCCUCUCCCCAAUUAACGAAAACAACCCAGCAGUAAUCAAUCCCAUCAAACGACUUGCUUGAGGAAGCAUUGUUGCUGGCCUUCUAAUUACAUCCAACAUUAUACCCAACAUUAUUACAAGCAAAACGCCCGUCAUAUCUAUGCCUCCAAUACUAAAACUGGCCGCUCUAACAGUAACAGUCCUAGGACUUCUAAUAGCCCUAGAACUAGCAACCCUCACAAACAAACAAUUUAAACCCACUCCCACCCUAAUUCCCCACCAUUUCUCCAACAUGCUAGGGUUCUUCCCACCAAUUAUCCACCGUCUCGCCCCAAAACUAAAUCUAUUCCUAGGUCAAACCAUCGCAAGCCAGACAAUCGACCAAACUUGAUUAGAAAAAUCAGGCCCCAAAGCUCUCAUCAACCUAAAUUUGCCUUUAAUCACAACAACAAGUAACAUUCAACAAGGCCUAAUUAAAACCUACCUGGGCCUAUUCCUCCUAACUCUCACCCUCGCCCUAUUAAUCACCUACUAA